CUUUGUUGGAAAGUGUUGGCGAUACUUGCUAGAUACUUAAAGACAGAAUUACCUACAACUUGGAAAUAAUUUCUGUGGUCAGUUUCUUAAGAACCUUCCAAAGCUCAAGUAAUAGAAGCCAUUGGUGAAUUUUCGUGAACAUCAGAACUAUGGCAAAGUACUGGGCGUUUUCCAGAAUCCUUGCAGGACUAGCAAUCCUUAUAGUUUUCGCAUCAUCAGCUCCUGCCGCUCCUUCCACCAGUCCAAGUGUCGAUGAACAAAUAGGACGUGCUGGAAAAUCCUUACAUGCAUACAAAUCUAAGCUGGUAAGUCGUCUGACAUCCAAACCCAAUCGUAAAGUACCCGGAAUAUCCGAAUCUAAUUCUAAUUCCAAUUCCAAUGUAAUUGACCUGCUCCGUGAGGCAUUCUCUGAAUUACAAAAUCAGUUCGCAAUUGCAAUUAAAAACAACUUACCUAAGGAGAAAUCAAUAAUUGACGUGUUGAAUAACUACAUAUUUCAAUGAGUUGAUUAAAUUCAUUGAUGACGAAUCCGAAGAAGAUCUGAAGAAAGCUGUCAGAACGCCGGAAUUGGAGGCUGAAGUUAAAGAAUUGAGAGCAAUAUUGAGAACCAUUCUUCCUAAUAAUAUUGUACAAAAUAUUCAAUCUCGUCAGUUUUCGGUCGCUGAAGUACAAUUGCAGUUUAUUGAAGAUUACAAACACCUUGCCAGCCAAGUUUACAACGGAUCAAUUAAUAAUUUCGAUUUGCUGCUGAAUUUUGGAAACUCUGUCAAGGAUUAUAAACACAGAUUCAAUGUGUACAAUGCCUUGUAUAAUGAGAUGAAAUCCAACGGUCAUAAAGAUAUUUCGAAGCUUCUUCAGUUAAGCGAAUCUUUACAGAAAGGAAUUUCAAGUUUAUCGAAUGUCAAUAACAUCGUUGAAACUCAAUCACUCAUCAGCACCUUGUGGAAUGAAAACCAAGAUGCGGCCAUCGAACCCAUUUCUAAUGCUUUCCUAAACGACAACUCUUGGGAAAUGGUUAAACAGCUCACUAAUGUUAUCAACGGCAGUUCUGUGAAAUAUGUUGACAACGUUUACACCAAAGUUAUAGAAAAAGUCUUUGGCAAGAUGGACACGGUUGAAAUAUUGAGAAAAGCCAAGACAAAUUUGAAAUGCUUGGACGAAUGCGUAUCGAUUCAUCGAGCAGUUUUUAACCAACUACAAAGUAAUGGAGAUUUAUUCGGAAAUUCCACCAUAUCUUUAACUCGUUAUAUAAAAGCAACCAUGGAUGAUGCGGACUACAAAAAUACUCACCCGGAUAUGCAAACUCGUCACAAAGAAAUCAAAGACAAGCUACCCAAGUCUGUGAGAAACGCCGUAUUUUCGUCAUCGGUAUGCGUUAAAAAUACCAACUAUAAUGAGUUCUUUUAUCCAUCUGGUUUAUCGAAUGACACAAACUCUAAUGAUUUACAUAUUGUUUCCACUUUGAUAAAUGGUGAUGGAGGUAGCGCGGCCAUUUUUAAAUGGAAAGUGUCCUUUUUGGAUAACACUACGAAUUUCAAUUUGACUAACGAAGCGCUGAAUGAAUACUUAUACUCGUCGAACAAUGUUGUGGGUGUGGGUUAUAGACGAAAAAUUUUUACUAAGAAAUUAUCGUCUGAUACGGUCACCGGUGUAAAUGGUUCCUGGAGAUUUGAAGUAAAUGGAGAUGGAGUUUUUAUCAUAAAUGUUGAUAGAAAUGAGUACUUGUUUGCUGACGAUAAGAGAAAAGCCAUGUCUAAACGUGAGGUAUUUACGUCGACCAAGGUCACUUCUGGAGCAGUUCCAGCUAAUAGUGGGUGGGAUAUCGUUGAUUGCACUGAUUCUAACCAAACCCCUUUCAAAGCCUAAUUUAACUCAUUAUUGAAUUACUUUGUACCUAUUUCUUUAUGAUUAUAGGAAUCUAUAUUCUUCUAUACCCAUACCUAUUUAUAUUAUUGAUGGAUUAAAUGUAGCAAAUUAAUUACCUAUUUAUAAGUAGGUGCCUAUUAUAUUAAUACUAGAAAACCCGUUUGACCGCGCAGACUGCGCGGUUCUCCUAGACCGUGAACUAUAAAUGUUGAAAAUAUAUGAGAAAUGUAAGAGAUUCAAAAUGUUGUUUAGAAAUAAAUAAUGAAUAAAAGUAAUAUGAAGCUUUUUGAGCUGGUAAAAUUAGGAAUUGAACUCGAGAUCAAUAAUGCGUUUGUCGCCUUAACCCUUUGGCCACAAACGCUGAUGGACUACUUGCCAAAUGCUGCGUUGUAAUUGGCCAAAAUUGCUUCUUAAGCUUUUUGAGUUUUUGGCCAAACUUUUAAAACUUUCAUUAAUAGCCUGCAUAUCUACACUUCACAUGCUUUGCAUUGUGAGGUCUUUAAUUAAAAUCAGUUGAGUACUCUUAUAAUGAUAUCUCGUGGAAUCAAAAAAACUUUGCUGAAUGCUGCGUUGUGAUUGGCUCACUUUGGCUGAAAUGGUUUUUGGAGCUUUUAGAACUUUUGGCCAAACCUUUUGGACUUCCAAUAACAGCCUGCAUAUCAGGUCUAAUUCCCCAGGAUGACCACUUUCAGGUAGGGGGGGGGCGGAGGUUCCCAAAAUAGCACGAUUUAAUUUUUAAAAAAAGUAAUGUACGUAAAACGUGGAAAAAAUUGACGAAUUUGGUUCAAAUUCAGGUUGAUGGUGCCAAUUGACUGGAUAAAAAUUGCUGAAAAAAAAUAUUUUAGUGAUUGCAUCUCUAAAGCACGUUACUCUAAUGAAGUUAAAGAAGUGAAAAUGCGCAUCUUACGUGAGAAAAGAAUUGAAGAAAUUUCUACGAAUGAUCAUUGUUCAUUCACGUUUAGGGGCUCCCACUGAACUUUUUUUGAAGCUCUUAGCUCCCGUCUCUCGAGGAAAGGAUAUGCUUGUUUCCUCAAUCAAAAUAAUAUUUAAUUUUUCUUGAUGUCAAUUGAAUUUUGAAAAAUGCCCAAAUUGUGUUAGAUAAGUAAACGCAAAUUGACUUACGCGAAGCAAGGGCAAAAAUUUUCAAAAUUUUUGAAAAAUAAUAUUACUGUCCUUUGCAUUUUUCAAAUGGAAGUUUGUCCUUGAGACCCAAAACUCCCGCGAUUAAAAUUUUAAGAUCGCCGGAUCACCCUUUAUGCCUUUAAAAGGAGUGAAAUUGACGUUUCUUUCAAGAAUUUCUAUCUUUGGUGGUUCUCUAUUGAAUUUUAUCAAACUUGCAUGGAUGCUAGAAACUACUAACGGUCAUUUGUAGAAAUUUCUUUGAUUUUUUUCGAAAGUAAAAUGUGCAUUUUUACUUCUUCAACCCCAUUUGGGUAUAACUUACUUCAGAGGUGCAAUCACCAAAAUAUUUUUUUCAAAAAUGUUUGAAAGUUUUUUUGGUUAGAUGUUGUUUUUUCACGGAGAUCUUCCAAGGUACAAUCUGUACAUUUUUGCAUCGAAUUAGAUCAAAUACAACACGACCGGAACUUUCGAGCUUUCACUCAGCUUCGGCAGGGAACUUUCGUAGGUAAGCUUUUUUUCUUCAUGUUCGUCUUUUUAUGAAGCUCUUGUAAGGUACAAUAUAUAUACUUCUUUGUAUAUGUAGAAUAAGCUAAAUAUGGAUCAAAAUAUCGCAUGUCACAAAGUUUUGAGCUUUCGCUUAGCUUUUGCUGAUAACUUUUAAAAGUUUUUUUCCGCCAAAAAACUGUUUUCCGCGAAGAUUUUUCAAGGUACAAUAUAGGUACUUUUGUCUAUCCACUCAAUGUUGCAUUAUAGAUUAUUGAACUUUUUUGAGCUUAUAUACGGAGCAACUUUUUGAACUUUCAACAUGAACCUGCACAUUUAUACACUUUGAAGCCUUAGGCCAUUCACAACGCAGCAUUCAGCAAAUAAAAAGUUUGGCCAAAUUUCAGAAAAAAAACAACUCAAUUUUAUGAACUUUCAAGCGUUUGAUUAGCUUUGGCCAGAAACUUUCUCAAACUUUUUUUCACCAAGAAUUGUCUUUUUGUGAAGCUCUUUCAAGGUACAAUAUACGUACUUCAUUGUAUAUGUCAAAUCAGCCAAGUAUGGUCAAUACUGCAUAUUUUCAAGUUUUGAGCUUUUGCUGAGCAUUUACCUUAAACUUUUGAAAGUUUUUUUCGGUCCAAAAUUGUUUUUUUGAGGAGAUCUUUCAUGGUACAAUGUAGGUACUUUCGUGUACCCAUCAAACAUAGCAUAAUCAAUUUUGAGCUUUUUAUCAAGUUUUGAGCUUUUGCUGAGCUUUUACAAUCAACUUUUGAAAGUUUUUUUUGGUCAAAAAUUUUUUUUUCGGGGAAAUUUUUCAAGGUACAAUGUAGGUACUUCUGUGUACCCAUCAAACAUAGCAUGAUCAAUUUUGAGCUUUUUAUCGAGUUUUGAGCUUUUGCUGAGCUUUUACCAUCAACUUUUGAAAUUUUUUUUGGUCAAAAACUGUUUUUUCGGGGAAAUCUUCCAAGGUACAAUGUAGGUACUUUUGUGUACCCACCGAAUAUGGUAUAAUCAAUUUUUGAGCUUUUUUGAGCUUUCAGUGCAACUUUUUGAACUUUCGACAUAAACCUGCACAUCUACACUUUAACCCCUUUCUAUCGAGAGGUCGUUCAUCAAAAUCGGUUCAGCCGUUGCCGAGAUCUCGCUGUGACAAAAAAACCGACUUAAUUUUAGUAUAUAGAUUUAUGUGAA